GCCUCCUGCUCAUCCUCAAAGCCAUUUCUGGAAUGUACUUUCCAGUUACUUCCUUUUUUUCCCUGUAGCAAGUUUUACUUAAAAAUAAUUCUAUUUAUUUAGCAUGUCUUGGAGACCCUCUUUUGAAGAACCACAGUCAUGAAUGGCUUUAGGGUUCUGCUUCAAAGAGACCAAUUCAUCCUGUUUCUGCUACUUCUCUUGCAGUUUCAAAGUCUGGGUCUGGAUAUUGAUAGUCGACCUGCUGCAGAAGUCUGUGCCACACACACAAUUUCACCAGGACCUAAAGGAGAAGUUGGGGAAAAAGGAGACACCGGAGAAGGAGGCAAGGAUGGAAAAGUGGGGCGCAGGGGACCAAAAGGAGUUAAAGGAGAGCUGGGUGACAUGGGAAACCAGGGAAAUAUUGGCAAGUCUGGCCCCAUUGGCAAGAAGGGUGACAAAGGGGAAAAGGGUUUGGUCGGAAUUCCCGGAGAAAAAGGCAAGGCAGGGACCAUCUGUGACUGUGGGAGAUACCGGAAAGUGGUUGGACAACUGGAUAUUAGCGUUGCUCGUCUUAAGACAUCAAUGAAGUUCAUCAAAAAUGUCAUAGCAGGGAUCCGGGAAACUGAAGAGAAAUUCUACUACAUUGUGCAGGAGGAGAAGAACUACAGGGAAUCCCUGACUCACUGCAGGAUCCGGGGAGGGAUGCUAGCCAUGCCCAAGGACAAGGUCGUUAACACCCUUAUUGCUGACUAUGUCGCCAAGAGUGGUUUCUUCAGAGUGUUCAUUGGGGUGAAUGACCUUGAGAGGGAGGGGCAGUAUGUGUUCACAGACAACAGUCCUUUGCAGAACUACAGCAACUGGAAGGACGGGGAGCCUAGUGACCCUUAUGGCCAUGAGGACUGUGUGGAGAUGCUGAGUUCCGGCAGGUGGAAUGACACAGAGUGUCAUCUUACCAUGUAUUUUGUCUGUGAGUUUGUGAAGAAGAAAAGAUAAUUUCCCUCAUGUUACAUGGUCACUCUUCCUAGGCUCCCAGCAAUUUUGUCCAUUUGCGCCUUCCUAAUUACACUGCCUUGCUAAAAUGAUAAAAGGACCCUGUAUCAACUAUCUUCUUGUUCUAUGUGAACUGUGGCAAUUUUGUACUUAAUGUUUGCUUUGGGAUCUUCCUCUCACAUUUCUAUUUAACCCCCCGAGUUAACGGAAGGAAGACUCUAGAACUAUGAAGGGAAAGUGUUGUUUCUAAGCAACACAUGUUGUAGUCAUUUUGUUGUUUUCAUAAAUGUAUUCAUGUAGACAUUCCUCACCUUCGGCAUACAGAGUGGGGCCAGGUGGGGGUAAAGCCUUGAAAAAACUCCAAAAACAUUAAGGUGCAACCCUCUCUAAGGCCCCUUCCCCUUCAAUCAUAUACGUCACUCCUGGAGAAGUACCGUGGGAGGCCUUUCACUCUGAAAAUUAAUGUUGCCAGACAUGCCCUUCCUAUUAUUUUGACAUGACAGGGCUAUGUCAGGCACAGCAUUUGAAAUAUGUAUAGAAUACUCAUUUACCAGGUUGGCAGCAUGCUACCUUGAGCUGCAGAGCAAACCUCAAAGCAGCUUUCCUCUGGCAUUUGAAAAUAAACAUUUGAACAAAUCUCCAGCUUAUCUCCUUCUAAACUGAUGCUCCACUUACAGGUUGUGACAUAUGAUUAGGUUGUUUAAAAUGCUGGCAAAGCAGUUAAUGAAGUAAAAGAAACAGAUCAACAGCAUAUGUUCCCCUUAAGCCAUCUGUUCAUGACAUUGCCCAUGACUAACUGGUUGAGAGAUGGGAUUUUACUGACAUUAGUUCUUCGAAUUCACCAAGAGUCACAAGCCUGUGUCCUACAGAGCCCAGAGAGAUGGUGUAAA